AUGGCUGCCAAGAAGGGAAAACAAAAUAAUAACGACAAUUCCAGUGGUGGAAAACAAAAGGGGGGUUCCCAAAACUCUAAAAAGGGUGAAAUGGUCCCAGAAGAUCGUUUACAAGCUGUUGUUUUAACUGAUUGUUUCCAAGACCGCUUCAUGCCAUUGACAGCCACUACUCCAAGAUGUCUAUUACCCUUUGGUAAUGUUCCAUUAAUUGAAUAUACUUUGGAAUUCUUAGCCAAAUCAGGUGUCAAUGAUGUUUAUAUUAUGUGUUCUGCUCAUGCAGAACAAGUCUCAACAUAUAUUGAAAACUCCAAAUGGAAUUUACCUUGGUCCCCAUUUAAAAUACAAACUAUUAUGUCUCCAGAAGCACGUUCUGUGGGUGAUGUUAUGAGAGAUUUAGAUAAUAGAGGUAUUAUCACAGACGACUUUGUUUUAGUUAGUGGUGAUUUAAUAACCAACGUUGAAUUUGAUAAACUAUUAGAAUUCCAUAAAUUUAAACAUACCCAAGAUAAAGAUCAUAUUAUGACCAUGUGUUUAAGUAAAGCUGGUCAAUAUUAUAAAAAAAGAUCUAUUGAACCUGCUACUUUUAUUUUGGAUAAAUCUAAUGAUAGAUGUAUUUAUUAUCAAGAUAUUCCAUUGCAAUCUGCGAAAUCAAAAACAUCAGUUUCCAUUGAUCCUGAAUUAUUAGAAAAUGUUGAUGAAUUUGUCUUAAGAAAUGAUUUAAUUGAUUGUCGUAUUGAUAUCUGUUCUCCUCAAGUUCCACCACUUUUCCAAGAUAACUUUGAUUAUCAAACCUUAAGAUCUGAUUUUGUUAAAGGUGUCAUUUCAAAUGAUCUAUUGGGUAAAUCAGUUUAUGCAUACAUAACCAAUGAAUAUGCUAUGAGAAUUGAUGGAUGGUAUUCAUAUGAUUUUGUCUCACAAGAUUAUUUGGGUAGAUGGGUUUUCCCCUCUGUUAUUGAAUCCAAUUUAUUGGAAGAUCAAACUUAUACUCAUGAAUCUUCUCAUAUUUACAAAGAAAAAGAUGUGGUCUUAGCACAAUCUUGUAAGAUUGGGAAAUGUACUGCCAUUGGUUCCAAAACAACCAUUGGUGAAGGUACAACAAUUAGAAAUUGUGUCAUUGGCAGAAAUUGUAAAGUGGGCAACAAUAUUUCUAUUGAAAACAGUUAUAUCUGGGAAAACGCAGUUAUUGAAGAUAAUUGUAAAAUUAACCAUUGUAUAGUGGCCACAAAUGUUAAAAUUGGUAAUAAUGUUACUAUCAAUGAUGGUUCUAUUAUUGGAUUUAAUGUUGUUAUUGAUGAUAAUAUGGAAAUUCCCAAAGAUUCUAAAAUUUCAUCAACUCCAAUUAAUAAAAAUAAUUUGUUUGAUAGUGUGUUAUCUGAUGAUGAUAAUUCAGCUUCAGAAGAAGAUGAAGAUGAAAAUGCUAACGGAAAAUUAGCUAUUAAUUUGGUUGGUGCAAAAGGUAUUGGUUAUAUAUAUGAAAGUGAACUUUCUGAUAAUGAUGUCGAUGAAUAUGGAUCAGAUGAUGGCAAAAUCAUUAAUAGUUUAUCAAAUAAAUUUGAAGAUAUUUAUUUGAGUGACACAUCAAUCUCAUCUACUACUAAGAAAACUAAAAAGAAGAGAUCAGCAUCAAUUAGUAGUGUUUAUACAGAUAGAGAAGAAAUUGGUACCGAUUCAGAAGAUGAGGAAGAAGAUUUCGAAAAAGAAGGUUUUGCUACAGUAGAAAGAGCUAUUGAAAAUAAUCAUGACUUAGAUACUGCAUUAUUAGAAUUGAAUACUCUAAGAAUGAGUAUGAAUGUCACAUAUCAUGAAGUUAGAACAGCCACUAUUUCUGCUUUGCUAUCUAGAGUUUAUCAUUUCAUUGCUACUCAAACUUUGGGUCCAAAAGAUGCUUCAUUAAAAGUGUUUAAUCAAUGGGGGUUAUUAUUUAAGAGACAAUGUUUUGAAGAUGCAGAUUUCAUUGAUUUGAUGAAUAUCUUGAUGACUAAAACACUGGACCAAAAAUUCGAAAAACCAGAUUUAAUAUUAUUUACAAUUUUAAACAACUUAUAUGAUAAUGAUCUAUUAGAGGAAGAUGUCAUUUAUAAAUGGUGGGAUACGGUUUCUAAAGAUUCUAAAUACGACGAAGUUAAGAAAUUGACCUCCAAAUGGGUUGAAUGGUUGAGAAAUGCGGAUGAAGAAACCUCAUCAGAAGAAGAUGAUGAUGAGGAAGGUGAUUAA